AAGCAGCGCCCAGCUGGGACCCGUAGAGAGAGGCGGGGAGCGGGCGGCGGUGGCGGCCGUUGUGGCUCCGGCAGUGGUGGCGACUGUGGCGAGGCUACGCAGCCGGGGCGACGGGUUUGGUGCCGCAGCAGCUCGCUCAGGCUGUGGGUCGUCGCUGCAGACGCGGGCAGAGGAGGGAACAACGACUCAGCGGGAGCACUUGGCAGAGGAGGGGAAGGGAUUCAGAAGACACCCCGCGUCUCCCUCCUCGAAUUUCUCUUGGUUCUUGUCAGUUGAUUCGUAGCCGAAAUGCAUGGUCAUGGAGGCUAUGACUCUGAUUUUAGUGAUGAUGAACACUGUGGAGAAUCUAGCAAAAGGAAAAAAAAGACAGUUGAAAAUGAUUUACUGCUCAAAAAGCCAUUUCAGAAAGAAAAACAUGGAAAGGUGGUCCAUAAACAAGUUGCAGCAGAAUUGCUGGAUAGGGAAGAAGCAAGAAAUAGAAGGUUUCAUCUCAUAGCUAUGGAUGCUUAUCAAAGGCAUACAAAGUUUGUAAAUGACUAUAUUUUAUACUAUGGUGGCAAAAAAGAAGACUUCAGGCGAUUGAGAGAAAAUGACAAGAUAGACAUGGAUAUUAUACGAGAAAAUCACAGGUUCCUAUGGAAUGAGGAGGAUGAAAUGGACAUGAAUUGGGAGAAGAGACUUGCAAAGAAAUACUAUGAUAAAUUAUUCAAGGAAUACUGUGUAGCAGAUCUCACCAGAUACAAAGAAAAUAAGUUUGGAUUUAGGUGGCGAGUAGAAAAAGAAGUAAUUUCAGGGAAAGGGCAGUUUUGCUGUGGAAAUAAAUGUUGUGAUAAAAAAGAAGGCUUAAAGAGUUGGGAAGUUAAUUUUGGUUAUAUUGAGCAUGGUGAAAAGAGAAAUGCGCUUGUUAAAUUAAGAUUAUGCCAAGAAUGUUCCUUUAAAUUAAAUUUUCAUCACAGGAGAAAAGAAGUCAAGUCAAAAAAAAGAAAGGAUAAAGCCAGAAAAGAUUGUGAAGAGUCAUCACGUAAAAAAUCCAGAUUAUCUUCUGUAGAAGAGUCCUCUAAGAAAAAGGAUAAAGGAAGCUCUGAUGAGGAAGGAAAUACUUCAGAAUCUGAACUUUGGAAGGGCCCACUACCAGAGACAGAUGAAAAAUCACAGGAAGAAGAAUUUGAUGAAUAUUUUCAAGGUUUAUUUCUGUGAGAUGGAAGAGGGAUGCGUACAUUCCUUAAUGUGAAAGUAUACUUUGAAAUUCUUCACAAAAUUUUGUCUACACGUUGCAACUUGAGUGGUUUGUCUUUGGAAAUAAAAAUCCAGCUACUCUCAGGA